AUGCCUACCCUGGAACCCGCGACAGAUCUGGACCCCAAUGUCUGGUACCAGCUCUCCGAGCUCGCUGUUGAUACCGCCGAUAAAGAUUUGAACAGCAUGCUUCAGCCUACUGCUGCGGGAGGUGAUCUGCGAGUAUGGCCAGCCAACAAAAAUUCCUACUGGCAAUUUCAAAAAAUAGAUGAUAAGCCCGGUCGAUACCAAUUGCGAUGCUCCGACACGACCGUCAAGAAACAGCUCUCAGUAUGCUACCGACCGGACGUUAUAGACGAGAAGCGCCGCACAAGACCAUGCUUGAUGGCAACCGAUGAUACCGACAAGCAAAAAUGGGAUGUAUCGCUAUGGGGCGAGGACGAUACAUACAGAAUAACGAACGUGCAGAAUGGUACCAAGUGGAAUCUAGAUUGUAUUCCCGACGGUCCAGUGUUUAUGAGCUCCAAUUUCGAGGGAAAACAACCACGCCAACACUGGAUACUACAGAGCGUUGGAGAGGUGAAUAACGAGAUGUACUCAACCACAUACAGCGCGCCACCCGAGUCGACAGGCGAUAGUACCACCACCACAGCCGGCACAGCGGCCUCCAACUCCGAAGCGACCGCAACAUCCGACCCUCCAAGCAACGAAACGAGCAACAAGGAUAGCAGCAGCAAUAGUGACAGUAAUGGGAAUAAUGGUUUGUCCUCUGGUGCGGUCGCUGGCAUAUCAGUGGCCAUCACCCUCGCCGUUGUCGCCCUAGCGCUAGCAGGAUUCUUCUUCUGGCGGCGCAACAAGCGCAAGCAUAGCCCCGUUGCAUCUUCGGACCCUUCGGACGACAAGUACAACAACUCGCCUAUUGUGGUGUCACCGGAAGAUGGCAGCCAUUCUUACUAUUCGCCUGUCAAAAUGCCUGGUACGGUCGAGAUGUCGCAAGACCAGAGGCCUGCCGAGCUGUCAAAUGGUUAUCAACGGCAUGAGUUGGCAUAG